CUGGUGGGCUGUUUAGAGGAUAGUACAGUAUGUGCCACAGAAUAGUUUAUCCGGUUACCUGAUAUGUUUGCAUAUCUUCAACGCCCGACGAAAUUUGACUCUUGUUAAACUUAUAGCCGUAAUCUUGUUCAGAAAUUCAUCUAUUUGUUAAUACCAUUUGAGUAAUACUAUCUUCAUUUCCUGUGCGUACGAACACAGAAUUGUAAAAAGAGGGCUUAUAAGUUCAGAAUUUGCAAUUUGGUUAAUCUAAUGCUAAUGCUGGAUAGCGCCUUUCUUUUCUCCUCUGGAAAACUUACUCAAUUGGUGCGUGUACGCUUAUAAACAUUUCACAAGGUUGUUUUCAAAUUAGCACGAAUGGCAGUUGAAAAGAGGCGUAGAUUCAAGUUUGCGAUCGAUCGUGGUGGAACUUUUACGGAUGUUUACUGUCUGUGUCCGAGUAAAAGCCAUAGCGAUCUGGGUUCAAGCGAGCCCAGGUAUUACCCACUGACUAUGAAACUGUUAUCCGAGGACCCUGCGAAUUAUAAAGACGCUCCUACUGAGGCUAUUCGACGCAUUCUGCAAAGUGAGACUGGAGUUGAGUUUCGGAAGGGUGAACGGAUCGAUGCCUCCUUUAUUGAGUCGAUCAGAAUGGGAACUACUGUGGCUACCAAUGCGUUAUUAGAAAGGAAAGGAGAGCCGAUGGCUUUGUUGAUUACUAAAGGCUUCAAUGAUCUGCUUCACAUUGGCAAUCAAUGUCGGCCGAACCUGUUUGACCUCUCGAUCUCCAUGCCGGACAAACUGUACGAGAGUGUGGUAGAAGUGGAAGAGCGCCUCUAUCUGGACCAAGACGCCUGCCAGCUCAACUUAGAACAGUAUCCACAGGUUGUCGGCACCAAUGGCCAGACAUUGCGAGUGGCCAAGAAGCUGAAUUUAGAGCUACUUCGACAAGAGUUGGUUGCAAUUUUGAGACAAGGAAUCAAGGGUAUAGCUGUGGUGUUGAUGCACUCCUACAUCUACCCUGAGCAUGAACUGCAAGUGGAGAAGAUGGCCUCUCAGAUGGGAUUUACCCAAGUGUCACUCUCUUCCCAAGUGAUGCCCAUGGUCAAAAUAGUACCAAGGGGGUACACAGUUUGUGUGGAUGCAUACCUCACACCCGCAAUCAAGAGGUACCUGGACAACUUCGAGUGUGGCUUUUUGGAUCUCUACAAACACAGUAGGGUGCAAUUCAUGCAGAGUGACGGGGGUCUGUCCCCCGUGGACCAGUUCAGUGGAAGUAGGGCCAUCCUCUCCGGUCCAGCUGGGGGAGUUGUCGGAUACGCUUACUCGCUCUACUCGAAAACACCGUCAUCCUCACAACAAG